AUGCGUUCUGCAUCCAUUGGAGCCAUUCCGUUGGUCAACAACGGAACAGAGGGAGUUCAGGCCGCAAGUCCUAGCCAAUGGGAUGCAUGGCCGGAAUUCGCUGAACCACGAUCAAUGAUGUUCAACAUCGUUGGUCUUCCUCUUUGUCCACCACCUCCCUCACCCUCCCUCUGCGAAGCAGCCCUGAAACACAAAAAAAGAACCCCGUCCACAUCGAUGACAACCCAACAAGGCUGCCCCUCCCCUCGCAACAGGGAUGUGGGCUUGGGCAUCUUCCUGCCCAUGGUCACCUGCUUGCCCACCACCGCCUGCUUGCCCGCCACCGCCUGCUUGCCUGCCACUGCCCGCUCACCCAACAUCGCCUGA